UCCUCCCACAACGUCCCCCUCUCUGGACAGUAUGGCCGCCGCCGUCUUGUAGCUGUUUGUAUUAGCAGUUGUGAAUAUUGUGAGCUAAACUUCUUAAAAAAAUGUCGGCAGUAUUAUUUUUGAGAAAGUCACUGAGCAGACUUCCUCCAAGUGUGGCUCGGCAGGUUGUCAGCAGUUGUUAUCACACAGAGAGAGGUGUUUACGGGUACCGACCCAAACAGACGGAGAGUCAGUCCGAGUUACAGAAGGAGCGCAUCGCUGCACUGAACCAAGGUCAGUAUGAGUUACUACACUGCACAAACAAGUUUACUACGCACUUAAGAGUGCACUCUUUAGUGUUUAUUGAGAUUAUUCAGUCUGUUUUACAUCAGUGUGAAGUGUGCUUGAAGUUUCUAUUUGACUCAUGGUUGAUGUGGAGGGAGAUUUGGUCGAAGUUUCACAGCGUGGCUGACAUUACUGGUUUAAGGCAGCUCGUCCUGACUACUGCUUUUUUCUUUGGUCAGAUCAUGGUCUCGCUCGUCUGGUGGAGGCUUACAGAGCACAUGGACACAAGUCUGCUAAAAUUAACCCAUUACUACCUCAAAAGCCUGUUGCUGACAGUGUCCCUGAGAUAGAAACGCUGACUGGAGCCAUCAGAGGACAGCUCAACACUACAGGUAGGUAGCAGCUGUGGAUGAAAACAACCUGUAAACAUGCACCACAAAAUGAUCAAGCCUGCUUCUUUUCACUAUUCUUAUUUGAAAUAAAACAUAUGCAAAAGUAGUUUAUUCUGCUACAAAUAUGACAUGCACUGUUGGUAUAUUGACUUUUUGUUUGUUUUGUACAUUUUGCAUGUAUGUAUAUAAAACUGAAAAUAAAAGAAAAAAAAAAAACGAAAAAAAAUGUACAUACCAUGCUGCAUUAAUGAUACCUGUCUGGAUGUGUAAGAUACGUAUACUGUAUAUUAGGCAUCUCCAUAACAUAAUGGAAGCAGUUUUUGAACUGAGCACAUAACAGGCGGGACUGUCCCUCCUCUCUCCAGAACAGAAGAUGUGGCAGCAAUGCUCUACAGUAAAAAUAUCAAAUUCUGGUUUGUUAGACCACAGGACAGUCUUGGCUUCACCUCAUUCCAUUUUGAAUGGACCAAAAGACAUCAUCUCCAUAAAUGGCGUGCACUUAAACCGCUAGGCCAGUGGUGUUCCCAAGUUCCUAAGUCUCUAAAUCUUAUUCUGAUUUUAUGCACUUUAGAGAGUGAAAUCCUCCUAAAACUUAGCAGAACUCUUUGCUCUUGAAUUCUCUCAUCUUUAUGGUGUGAUGGUGUCUCUGGAGUGCCCUUUUUACACCCAGUCAUGUGACCUACCUGUUGCAAAUUAACCCUAUCAGUGGGAGAUGUUCCUUGAGUUGUUGUUUUAACAGUACUCAGCUUUUCAAGUGUUGUGUCUUCCCCGUCUGAAACAUUUGCUGCCAUCACAUUGAAAUUUUGCAUACCUUCUGCAGAAAACACUGACCUUUUUCAAUUUCAAUAUUUGACAUGUAAUCGUGGCUCUAUUUUUAAUUAAGAAUUUGAUUAAGAUGAUUUGAAAGAGCUAACAGAGGAGGCCCCUACACGCCUAUUCAAAUAUUAAAUCAAAAUCCUGCACCAACAAUAACACAUAAGCAAUAACAAUGGAUUUAUAUUGUAUUUAAUAAUCCGACAGUCACCUUGACAUUUGCAUUUGCAGUCAUUAGGAGCAAGAUUGAAGAUCAUUGAUGUUAAAAGUAGAGAAGACCUCACACACAUCCUCGCUCUCUUUCUCCUGCAGGUCUGCAGCACUUUGGAAAAGCAGAGGCUUCAGUAGAUGAAGUUCAGGCCUACUUGACAGAAACAUACUGUGGAUGCCUGUCAGUGGAGACCAGCCAUCUGAGCAGCCUGGAGGAGAGGGAGUGGUUUGCUGACCGCUUCGAAGAACUCAAGAAGAAGAGUUUCUCCACAGAGGAGAGGAGGCAGCUGGCCAAGAUCAUGCUGGAGUCUCAGGUCAGCCUGAAUAAUAAUAAGAAGAGACAGUCAUUAUUUAUUGUGCUAAUAAUGGCGGGUUUUUAAACAUCUGUUUGUUUAUUAUUCUUCUCCAUCAAAUUUAAGGAAUUUGACCACUUCCUGGCCACCAAGUUUGCAACUGUGAAACGUUACGGAGGUGAAGGAGCAGAGAGCAUGAUGGGAUUCUUCUACGAGCUUUUCUAUCAGCUAGCGCACAGCGGGGUCACUGACAUUGUCAUCGGGAUGCCACACAGAGGUCGACUCAACCUCCUGACAGGCCUGCUGAAGUUCCCUCCAGAGGUUAAUCAGCAGAUCACACAAGAUACUUUCUAAGAAUCACAGCAUAAUAGUUAUAAUAAUGAUUAAUUUGUUUGUACUCCACCUUUAAAAAUCACAAAGUGCUUUUCAAAGACAGCAAUACAAACAAGAGAAUAAAAUUAUCAACAAGAGUCAACAGAAGUUCAAAGUGUCGGCUCACACUAAACAAUGCUUUUCUUCAUCAAUCUUCCUCCAUAGCUCAUGUUCAGAAAGAUGCGGGGCCUCAGUGAGUUCCCUGAUACCUCGCCUGCCAUCGGGGACGUCCUUUCCCACCUCACCUCCUCAGUGGAGUUGGAUUUCGGAGCUGCACGUCCUCUCCAUGUGACCAUGCUGCCCAACCCGUCCCACCUGGAGGCCAUCAACCCAGUGGCUCAGGGUAAAGCUCGAGCCAGGCAGCAGCUGAGGAGAGAGGGAGACUAUUCACCUGAAGAGAGCGCACGGCCGGGAGAUCAAGUCGUCUGUUUGCAGGUACAGGUUCACAGCAAGUAGUACAACAAAGAAGUCCAAACAUGAUUAUUGAUCAUUCAGGACUUUAUUUUGCUUAUAAAUCAUUUUCACAAAAAAUUAUUUCACCCACUAAAGGAGCUGUUGAUAUAAUUUAUUCCUGUCAGUGUGAUAUCAAGGCCCAAAAUUCUGUUCUCAUAUCAACUCUAACCUACACAACUAUCUUUUUUCGUGACUUUAAGCUCCUUCCUUUCAGACACAGAGAGUGUGAGAGUUAUUCUGGUCCGUCAUUCACACUGACACUUUUUUUCACUUCCGCUAUCAAUGUCCCCUUUGGUGUCUUCACUAUCACCACAUUGCAAUUAAAGGCCUACAGGACUUUGUGGUAGACAGCACUGUCCUAUUAUUGUUCAGCAGCUCUCAAUAGAAAUCAAACACCCUCAAGCCAAGAGCAGAUGUUCAGAGCACAGAGCGGUAAUAAAGGAGGUCCUGAUCUGCCUACUUCAAGUCAGUGAACCGUCAAAAUGACUUUGUUUUCAGGUGACAUAGUUUCAAAGUGUUUACUUUGAGGAUGUCAUGCUUGUUCUUGACAGGACCAUAAUUCUCAAAUAUGAUGUAAACCUAGUGCCUGGUUCCCUCAUGCAUGUGGAAACAAGGGAAAUAGUGCACUUAAAGGGAUAUUCCGGCGUAAAAUUAAGUUAGGGUCAAACACACCAUAACACAGAGUUAGACACCCCUCGAGAGAUGAAUGUUGCCGGCUGCUUGAUUCUCUAGUUAUACCAACUUUAGUAACGACCAUACAAUGGCAAUACAGAGCAGUCUAUGGAGCCGUGCGCAAACCUCAAACAAAACGCCACUCUACAGCCACAAAUAAUGCUCAGAACAGCACCUAACUUCAUCAACAGUACAUAUAGGGUCCCAGCCACAGAACUAGCGACCAAACAUCUUUUCAACUUUGCCUGAUUUCUUGAACAAAGAGACUAAACACAACUCACCCACUCUCGUCCAGCAGCACCUUGUUUGUAAGGAGAUCUCAGGCCAGUCCAUUACCGCAGCAGGGUGACGCAGCUCAAGAAAGAACAUUUAUGAUCAUUUCUUUAUCAUUUCACCAUAUUAAUCAUUUUGCCCUGCAGACGUGGUAGUUCUUCUGCCCUAGCGUCUCAGUCUGAUUGCAUUUCCAUAAAGAAAUGGUCUAGUGGAAGAGAGUGGGUGAGUUGUGUUUAGUCUCUUUGCUAAAGAAAUCAGGCAAAGUUCAAAAGAUGUUUGGUGGCUAGUACUAUGUCUAGGACCCUUUAUGUACUGUUGAUGAAGUUAGGUGCUGUUCUGAGCAUUAUUUGUGACUAUAGAGUGGCGUUUUGGUUGAGGUUUGUUUAUGGCUCCUCAGACCGCUGUGUAUUGCUAUCGUGCGGUCGUUACUAAAGUUGGUAUAACUAGAGAAGCAAGCGGUCGACAACAUUAAUCUCUCAACAGGGUGUCUAACUCUGUGUUACGGUGUGUUUGACCCUAACUUAAUUUUAUGCCAGAAUAUCCCUUUAACAUGAGAAUGAAGCAUUACUACUUUGAAAAAAGAGGAAUGAUGACAGCUUACAAACCCUUUCAGUUUUAGUACAGCUAACUGUUUUUGAAUAAUUUUUUAGCAUAUUCAUUCACCCAGUUUGCUUAGCUAACAUUCUCAAAAACAAAUAUAAAAACAAGUAUAUUGGGGACAGCAUUGGCUUAAGCAGACAGUAUAUGCUGCCAAAUGCCACACAGAGGUCUUCAAAUGAUAAACACUUUGAUGUAGUAGGUCAGCCAGUAGAAGGUCCAGUCAUAAUUACUUAUGUCAGAAAUCCAGUGGUAUAAAACCAGAAGUUAAAUGAAACCUCCUAAUCAAGUCAUAAUUGUAGCAUGUAAACGCACAGACUUUGUCCCCAAAGCUGUAGACCUCCACCAUAUGUCAUUUGAAGCCUUCUUUACUCAUGAUCCAGAGCUCACACUCUGCAGGAGGUGAAGACGAUAAACCCCUCUUGGCCCUCUUCCUGUAAAAAAGCUGAUAAACAAGUCUUUAUCAACCGUUUUGGAAACUUCAGCACAGUCUCUCCCUCUCCUCUCCAGGUCCACGGUGACGGCUCUUUCACUGGCCAAGGGAUUGUUCCUGAAACUUUGACCAUUUCAAACCUCCCUCACUACAGGGUGGGUGGAAGUAUCCACCUCAUUGUGAACAACCAAGUGGGAUACACGACUCCAUCAGAGAGAGGGAGAUCGUCUCUGUACUGCAGCGAUGUCGGUCAGUCAAACAUGUGAAUAACAUCUCAGUGGAUGAAUAGUACGAUAUAAACAGUAUCCCAGAGCAGGUGAAGUGCGUCCUUCUGUUACUAAAAAAUGACGCUGGUGUGUGUUGUAGGUAAGAUGGUGAACUGUGCUGUGAUCCAUGUAAACGGUGAUGAUGCAGAGGAGGUGCUGCGGGCCACUCGCCUGGCCGUAGAUUACCAGCGGCACUUCAGAAAAGAUGUCAUCCUGGAUCUGAUCUGCUACCGCCAGUGGGGCCACAACGAGCUGGAUGAGCCUUUCUUCACUAACCCAGCCAUGUACAAGAUCAUCCGGUCAGUUUGGUGCACACAGUUAACUCUAUCACUGCAUAUUUUCACCAUCUUCUACCAUGUUAUGUGUUUAAAGUACUUUGUGUUGUAGUUAUGAAACAGAAAACGUCACUUUGCUGCUCUUUAGAUCCCGUAAGAGUGUCCCUGACUCCUACUCAGACCAGCUGAUCUCAGAGGGGCUGAUGACCGAUGCAGAGCGAGGCGAAAUCAAAUCCAAGUACUAUGGCAUGCUUAACGACAAGCUGUCCAACAUGACCCUGUACAGCCCUCCACCCACCAACUUGCAGGGCCGCUGGGGGGACUUGGUGGAACCGCAGUCCAGAGUCACUACCUGGGACACAGGUGUUCCUGUUCCCCUCCUGCAGUUCGUUGGAGCAAAGUCUGUGGACAUCCCUGAAGAAAUCCAGCUGCACAGCCACUUGGGGAAGACGCAUGUGCAGGUACAGCCAAACUCCUGCCUGUUUCUCAUAGAUCUUCUCAUGCUGAAGUGGCUGCAGCUACAUGAUGAUGUUUUUCAUCCUCUGUGAACCUCAGGCACGUUUGCAGAAGCUAGAAGAGGGGACCAAGCUGGACUGGUCAACAGCAGAAGCUUUGGCUUUUGGUUCUCUCCUCGCUCAAGGUCAGUGUUGACACAAAACACAUCAGACCACAAUUGAAGGUGGGGUAGGCAGGAUCUGAGGAAGUGCCAGUUUUUGGGAGAAAUCUUGUAUGUAAACCCAACCCUUCUCAACCAGUUUUCCCCUCAGCUCCUCCUCUCCCCUCCUUCUCUGCUCCAGCAAGCCCCGCCCACAAACAGACGCUCCUGCUCACUCGCAUCGUUUCAAUUAAAUUCAGAUUUAAUGCAGUUAGAUACUUUAGAUGAUUACAAACAGGGCCCAGUCAACGUGAAAGUAAAAAGCAUUGGUGCUACUGUAGAUGCCAACAGACUAGCAGCAAACACAAUGUUUGCAGGACUUCUGCAACUAGGAUAAAUUGACAUACUCCAGGACCCGAGGUAAACAGUUUAGCGGCGCUACAACACGCAGCAGGUCCCGUUUGACAAGAAACACUUCUGUUACAGACACUUGGCGUGCUUUGUUGAAGCAGAUUACCUGUUCAACAGAAAGGUCACAGGGUCUGUAAGAUCGCAAAGCGUCCCCCAUUGACCCGGCUUUUCAGCUCUUGUCCAGUCUACCUCAGUUUUUAGCGCCGGUUAUUUUACCAGUCUCCAGUGUUUACUUCGUUUUCUUGGUUGUGUUGGCAGUCGUGGCCAAAGGAGGAUUCAGACAAUUUUCUGUACUUUCUGGUUGGUUUCUACUGUCUGAUAUUGUAGCAUGCUAACUUUGUUUGGGCUUGUGAACGUUAUUCAUGGAGCGUGCCUCACAACAUGAGGGAGCAGCAUCCAUCUGACAACCAAUCAGGUCGGGGCGGUGGAGAACGGCUUUAUUUACAGUCAGAAUGAGCGGCCUGCUCAAAAAUGUUAAAAUGUUGACUACACAGACAUAAGAGAACACAGUGAUGUUGUAAUAUUCCCAAAUGUCAUCAAUAACUAAUAGCCAUUGACAGUUAUUAAAAACUUUUUUGUAUACACACCACAAAAAAAAGAUGCUUCUUUAACGGAAUCCCUGCCUACCGCACCUUUAAGAGGGAUGGGAUUUAAUUUCUAUCCAAAAAAGGGUUUCUAUACACUCUUUGUUUUGUUGUUGCAGGUUUUGAUAUCAGAAUCAGCGGACAGGAUGUUGGGAGAGGUACAUUCAGUCAACGACACGCAAUGGUUGUGUGUCAAGACACCAACGACAUGUACAUCCCUCUGAAUCACAUCAGCCCUGAGCAGACGGGCUUCCUGGAGGUGAAAUCCCCAUGAACCAGAUAAGAUCCCAUUUUGUCUGAAGAAUGACUCAUUAUGAAAUGUAGGGUGGAGUACUUGAUGUGUUUUGUGUGUUCAGGUGUGUAACAGCCCACUGUCUGAGGAGGCGGUACUUGGUUUUGAGUAUGGCAUGAGUAUUGCUCAGCCAAAGCUGCUGCCCAUCUGGGAGGCUCAGUUUGGAGAUUUCUUCAACGGAGCACAGAUCAUCUUCGAUACCUUCAUUUCUGGAGGUAAACCUCUGAACACUCACCCUCAUUGUGUAAGAUUUUUUGUGAGUCCUCAUGCGUCAAAGUAAAACUACUCCAUCUUCAGGUGAGGCUAAGUGGCUGCUGCAGUGUGGGAUGGUGAUCCUGCUGCCUCACGGCUACGAUGGAGCCGGACCUGAACACUCUUCCUGUCGUAUGGAGCGCUUCCUGCAGGUCUGUGGGACUCUAAUGUUUCAUCAAUGUCAGACCCAUUUCAGUAGGCUUCUAAGGUUGACAUCCAGGCCUCUGAAAAAUCCAACAAAAUAAACACUACUGCCCAAAUAUGUCAUUUAAAAAAGAGUGAAUACACAUGAACCAACUUUUACGCUGCAUUACUUUGUGCUUUAUUUUAAGCACAGUAUCAAUAUUUUGUUUUUUCGAAACAGUGAUUGUCAGUACUGGUCUGUAUCAACAACCCUCAUCUAUACUCAGAUGAUGGUGAAGCACCAUUCGACUGUCAUAAAUAGUUAGUUGAUGUUGUGAAAGACAAGUCUACAUGUAUCCUGUCAUUUGAGGUGCAAUAACCACUUUCAGUUUAUUGGCUGUUGUUUAAUGAUACACCAAAACUCCUUUUAAAAGUUUUCAUGGAGGUUUAAUGUUUUACAGCGGACAGUGUCAGAGGGUAAGCUUUAAAAUUACAAGGUGUUUUACAACUUAAAAUCAUGAAAAGACUUAUCGCUGAAAAAUGCAGACCAGCACCAGCGCUCCUUGACCCUCAGAUGAUCCCUGGCAAAAUGAUUACCUAAAAUACUUGUAACAAAACUACAUCUUCACAGUGAAAUCAUAUUUAGAUAAAAUACUACUAUCUGAUUUCUAAUCUACCAACCAUCAAAUGAAGCAAAACAGGUUGUGAUACAGGUAUAGCAGAAUAGGUACAGGCAGAGCAACACAAUGCUCUGCUGAGGAUAUUAACAUGCUACUGAUAAUAAUGUAGAUAAAAUCACUACAAUAAUGUGAGAGGUAAUUCUUAUUUCCUAUCUGUCUUAAAUAACUAAGAUCUCACAGACAGUGUGAGUCUUAAAUUGUUAUAUAGUCAGUAUAAUGCCUACUAUAUAAGGGUUUCUACCAUAGACUGUAUAUAUUAUGGACAACUUGGUUCCGCCUUCUGCCAGUAAACAGAUUUUAAGCCGAAAAGCUCUCGGUAUUUCUGCGAUUUUUCUCCGUUUCCUGAAACCAACAUUGCGCAGCACCGUUGUACACAUUCAGCAGGAGAGUCACUGUGAUGACGCUCAGCUCAAACAGCGUAUAUCUUCGUACGCCCGUAGGCUGUAUCAGGUGUCAAUCAUAGAAAACAUGAACCUCCUCAUAACGUUUAAAAACUGAGCUGUACAGAAAAAAGAGGACUUGAGCACAAACCAGUCUUACAGUAACUACAUGUCAACAUCGCAAGCAGGGGGGAGAAAAAUGUAUAUUCUUUGUAAUAAAUUUCUAAAGUUUGUCCACAGCUAUAUAAGGAUUGCUGGCGGAGGCAGGAUUUAUGACCUAUACUGCAGCCCGUCACCAGAGGGUGCUGUAGUCAUAGUAGCUUCACCUAGUGAGGAGGCAGAUGGCGUCCAUUCUAUAUACAGUCUAUGGUUUUUACACAUUAUGAAUGAGUUAAUAUGAUGAAAGAUUUAUUAUAACCUGUAGUUCAGACACAAAAAAUAGUCUUGACUGUUGUGCUGCACAAACAUAUUUUGAAUUGUUCCAAAAGAAGAGCACAGACCACUUUCCAGUUGUCAGAUUUUAUUCCUAUUAUCUUGAAUUUUUUAAGUUAACGCUGAUGCUCCCUGUCAUGCUGCCUCUAACCUCUAUUGUCUCUGAUCUUGGACAUGUUUUUUCCUCAGAUGUGUGACAGUAAAGUGGAAGGUGUGGACACUGACACUGUGAACAUGGCUUUGGUCAAUCCCACCACACCUGCUCAGUACUUCCACCUGCUCAGAAGACAAAUGAUCCGGAACUUCCGCAAACCUCUCAUUGUGGUCGGACCCAAGACUCUGCUCAGAUUUUCUGUAAGCACGUGUGUCAUGAUGAAUUCUACUUUUGCGAACUGAAACCUUUAAGCAGGAUGAACAGUUCUAACAGAUUUGUUGCACUUCAAAGAUAUUUAGAUAGUGUAAGAUGGUGCUUUUGAGAUAUUCACAUUAGCUGAGUCAUGUUUGUUCUCUUUCAGGGUGCAGUUUCCAGCUUGGCUGAACUGGCUCCAGGGACCUCUUUCAAACCAGUGAUAGGUGACACUUCAGUCUCAGCUGGAAGGUAGAAAUCUCACUAUAACACAACAUUUAGCUGUUGCAGUUUACACAGUAUAGAAAGAUUAGAGACUUCUCUAAUGGUGUUCUGUACAGAGAUGAUUCUCAAUGUGGAUAAAAGGUUUAAAAGGUAUAAACUGCUCUUGGUCUAUUUUUGCAAAACUUAACAUUUUGAAUUAGUUUUGUUUAAAGUAAUUGUUAAAAAAAACCUCCUAAAAUUGUGGAAAUAAUUUAAAAGCUCUCUCUUUUUCAUUCCAUGCAGUGUCCAGAGGGUGGUGCUGUGUUCAGGGAAGCAUUAUUACGCCCUGCUGAAACAGAGGGAGACAUCAGCAGCCAAUCAAAACACUGCACUCAUCCGCGUGGAGGAGCUGUGUCCGUUCCCUCUGGAGGCUCUGCAGCAGGAGCUUUCAAAAUACCCCAACGCCAAAGGUACGUGUGAACCUCCCCCUCACCAAAAAAAACACAAAAAUAAAACACACAUAUUCACUUUACUGUUUGUAGAUACGCUGAAUGUAUCACACCAAGGGUCCAAGUCAUUUAAUUUUGUUGAGGCAUUUCGGAUUAAUCAUUGUUUACUCAAGUGUGUUUCUUUAACACACGUCUUCAGAGACAGAUCCUUCCAACCAUGUGUGUCGUGCUGAAAAACAAUCACAAAAGCAGCUGCAGAUGUGAGUCAUCGUGAGUUCAGUGCUUUUCAGCAGCAUGCAGCAGCCUCAAUAGAAGUUUGACAGUCACCUCUUUGAGUCGUGAUGCCUGAAGACAGCCUUGACAUCCUAAAAAACCAAAAGUUAACACGAGCUCAUUAGUUCUUCUUUAACACAUACAUCUGUAGAAUGAGACGCACUGAUUGGAAAUAUCUGCAGGCGCCUUCUGAAGUAUACAGUGGGAACAAAGCGGGUGUCAAUCCACACUUAAUUUGUGAUUGCGUCAUUUUGUUACAUAAAAUUUGUGAAAUAUGAAACCACUGGCAACGGUGUCGACAUCUAUCUUUUCGUUUGGUUCAACUGUUUGGUUUCUGAUUCUUAGAAUGUAACAGACAACUGAGGAAGGAAAAGUUCAACAAAGAGAUCAGUGGCAACCAUGAACAAAUAGGGUGAGGAGGUUAGGUUUGGUGAGAGACACAAUGAAAGGGUUAGGGUUAGGUUAGUGAUACAAUGUUAGGGUUAGGGUUAGGGGGUUAGGUUUAGUGAGAGAUACAAUGUUAGGGUUAGGAGUUAGGGUUAGGGUUAGGUUAGCGAUACAAUGAUAUGAUAAAGGGGUUAGCGUUAGGGUUAGGUUUGGUUAAAGAUACAAUGAUAGGGUUAGGGUUAGGUUAGAGUUACAAUGACAGGGUUAGGGGUUUUCGUCUAUGAAACAGAUUCUCUUUAAAAGCCUUUAAGGAUUAAGAAAAAGAAAUGUUUUAGUGUUUUUCAUAAGUGAAAAUCGUAGGGAAUAAUCAGAUCAACUGUAGCUGUAUUCCUGUAAGUGGAUACAGCCAUAACAACUAUUUUUACAGGAAUCCAAACCAAACAAAUCAAGACACAAAACACAACAGACCCUUUUCACUGUUUUAAAAAGUGAGAAUAACAACACAAACAACCAAACCUCGGUUGCACCACAGUCAUAGAUUCACUGCAGUGGUAGGUAGGUAGGUAGGUUGAGUAACCCACCUCUGGACGUCCGGUUGUCGUAGGUGAGGAGGAGAAGUUUUGUUCUCAUGCUGAUAGUUUCAGUAAUAUGCAUGGAGCAAAGGUCAUGGUGAUGUAUGGAGGUUUCUACUUCUCAAACAAAACCUGAAAGUUCAGUUCUCACUUCAGUCUUGGGAUUCAUUGUUCCCCCCUCCUCCAGAAACACUGUCACGUGAACCCAGUUUCAGUUUCAUCCAGAGCUUCUCCUUUGUGUUUAAAUCACUCAAAAGUAUUAAAAGAGAAAGUGACUUUUGUGUGGAUUCACCUCAAACAAAACAGUGAAUUGUCCCUUUUUCAUGAUGCAUCAGUCACGAGUUUCAAUAACUUCUUCCACAGAGUUUGUUUGGAGCCAGGAGGAACCUCAGAACAUGGGUCCCUGGUCAUUUGUAGCUCCCAGGUUUGAGCAGCAGCUGGCUUGUAAGGUAUGUCGUGUUUCUCCGAAUGCGGUGUAAAGACGAACAGCUUUGAGAGCAAAAGACGACUUCGUCAAAACUCAACUUGUCGCCUUUGUCACCCUCAGCUCCGGUUAGUGAGCAGACCUGCUCUGCCAGCCCCUGCUGUCGGCAUUGGAACCCUCCAUCACCAGCAACAAGAGGCCAUCCUCACUGCUACCUUCUCCUAACACUAAUCAAUACUGGAAUCAGUCACAACCAGGACAAACAUAUCAGUGAAACGCUGACUGGAUCUGCAGCAGGCCUCUCAAUACUAUCACCUUAUGUCCUGCUGCAGAAACGAAGAAAACCCAAGUGCUACAGAGAAUAGUUUUGAUGGUUUCAUUUACAUUUAUUUACGUAGUCAGGUUGAAUCUUGUCUGCACCUAUCUUUCUUUUACUGGGUCUGUUGUCUUUCUCUGUAUACAAAGCAACACUGCUUUAAAAAACCCUCCUCAUUCUGUCCUAAUCUAAAUUGCCGCCUAUGGGACAAUGUUUACAAUGUGAUUGCGGUGAUGAAGCACUUGAGAUUUAAAUAGCUGCUCCAUACAGUCUGCUUGAAUUGUUAAUUUCCAUCCAGCUCUUAACAGAAAACAUCAUCAUAAACUGAAGGAAGGUUUUGUGCAUUAUCCUCCCAAGGUUUAUGUGGGAGUAGGUGAGUGACCAGGUAGCUCACCCGGGAGAGGACGUGUCAUGUACGAAUAAGGAGACCUCACUACAAGGGCUCAGGUUUCAGGGCCCUGAAGAAUAAUCGUAUAAACGAACGGGAGUACUUGUAACUGGAUUUCUGAACUAACAAAGAGAGUUGUUACCAUUUUGAUGUUGAAUCUUUAUCCAAGCUUGAAUUAGACGUAUUUGGACAUUUCAUGGUACAAAUUUAGCUUUAGCAUGACUUCAUUAUUAUCAUUAUUUAUUCAUGGUUUAAGAUGAGGAUGAUUUUAAAAUGACAACACUAAAGGGCUAAUGUAUAUAAAGCUAAUUACAAUACACAAAAAAAUAUUUUCAAAUAAAUCUAUUUUCAAUUUUA